CCCCCUCCCUCUCCCUUCUAUUGAUGAUGCAUCACUUCCUUGUUUUGGACCAACAGGCUUGCUCAUUGGAGGAGAAUCAUCCUCUCCCUCAACUCAUUAGUGUGAAAUAUCGGUGUUUAAGCUACUGCUGAGCUCCUGUGUUUGACAUUUUAAAUACAUAUUUCAAUGUAAAAUAAAGGCAUUUUAAUUAUGUACAAACCUUUGGAUCGUUUUUUAAGGAGACUUGUAUUUUACAUUUUUUGACUGAAACCAUAUUCCAUCUAUGCAAUGAGCCCUUCACAAGAUGGCGUAAAAUAUUGUUUCGUAACAUGGAUGUGUUUUAAGAGCUCUUGAAAUAUAUCCAUGUUUCGUAAUCAUUAAAAUAUGUGGCACGGGCGUAACUACAGAAAAUAAAAGAUAAAACUACGCUGCCGGAAAGGCCUGAGGGACAAUCGUGUGUGCGGAAGUGCGACUGGAAAAAGGCGAAAGGAGAAAUAGGCGAUAAACAUUUCCUGACACAACUGUAAAGUGGCCAGUUGGGAGUAAACAGAGUUUAACAGGGUUUAACAGAGACAGUGUAACUACGAUACAGGCAGUAAAUACACACGUUGUACUUUAGGGUGUAAACUUUGCUGUCAAUACUUCAGAAUGCCGAGUGCGACGGAUGGGGUCGUUGUAAGUGAAAGUUUGUCAGAAGACAUGGUUCAUGCAGAACCUCCGUCUGUGAGAUUUGGAGAGAGGCUCAUGUCAGCAGAGAGACCCGGUGGGAAUGGAAGGCGGCCGUUAACCCACCGGAACGGCCCCAGACCCUGGCCCGCGGUCGCGCUGUCAAUCCUGAUGUCCUCCGCUGCUGUGGCCGCGGUCGGUAGUUUCUCUGCCCUCCUCUACCCGAUCCUCACAGAGCUGCGGGCAGAGAGAGUGAGGGGAGAGGAUGGGACUGAAGAGAGGAUGUUGGGUUUCUGGAGUAUCCUGGUGCUGUCAGUAUUAGUAGGAUGUAUCUGCUGUAUCGUCUCAUGGACUCUGACCUACCUGGACUCCUACCAACCUGGCAUGAUGUUCCCAACACCGCUGACACUGUCAUACUUAAGAGAUUCAUCGGCCCAUGGUUACCACAUGGGUUAUGGUAUUGCUGUCCUGAAUGGCAUCAUGGCCAUGCUCACUGUCAUCUGGAGCCUCACCUGACCCUCCACACACACACACAUAUAUAUAUAUAAACAUGUACACACUCCCAGCAGAAAUGCUCAGGUAAACUGGUGUCUGAUACUGAUUUCUUCAAUAUUAAAAUACAAGUUUGAAAGGAAAGUUUAAUUAUUAUGUGUAUAUAAGACCAGCUGGCAGAGCAUAAAUAUAAAAUUUCUCCAAAACAUUUGUUCAGUACUCAAAAGGACAGAAUUAGCAGCAUCAAGCUACCUCACAAACAUGUUUGAUACACAGUAUUUACAUGCUUUGUUAAUGUGAUGAUGGACUGGCCAUAAAUCAGUGGUGUCAAUUUUUAUGUUCAAGUACUGAUCUAAGAAGACAGAAAUAAAACAUGCAAUGUCAGGAUCAGGUGAAUCUUUUUUUUUUCCAGAAACUUUGAGUCAUUGAACACUGACUACACUGUUGUGUAUUCCAGACUGUAUGUGAUGUCAAAAGGAAAUGUUUGAUAAACUGUUAUGUAUUGGAAAAGUCUUUAAUACUCUUCAGUUAUGUUUAAAUGAUCAUUAAUUAACAUCCUGCUAGUUGUUGGGAGAUAUCUGUCAUUAAAAGGGAACAUUUGUAAUUGUUAAAGGUACUUUUUUUUUGUGGAUCUAAAGUCAUAUUACUAUAUGUCUAUAUUGAUUAUGUGCUCUGUCUCUUGAUGUCAAGUGUCAUUUAAGUCCUCUUCCACUCAAAUAUAUGUUUUUCUUCUUGUUUCUUCUUCUUCUUCUUUCUUCUUGUUCCUACAGUUGGA